AUCCCAAGCGCGGCAGCGGCGGUGCUCAGUUGCUGAGGGGAUUUAAAGGGAGCGGAGCCGUCGCGCCGGAGCCUGGUCUGCGCACACCGGGCACUCGCAGCAAGGUUAUUUUUGUUUAGAAAUCAUGAACUGGCACUUCCUUCUCCUUUUUACCGCCGUGACUUUAACAUCCGUGUGGUCCCAGUUCAAUCCUUUAUCUCUUGAGGAACUAGGCUCUGACAUUGGAAUCCAAGUUUUCAAUCAGAUAGUCAAAGCUAGACCUCAGGAGAAUAUUGUGGUUUCUCCACAUGGGAUUGCAUCUGUACUGGGAAUACUUCAGCUGGGUGCUGAUGGCAAGACAAAGAAGCAGCUGACAACUGUGAUGAGAUACAGCGUAAAUGGAGUUGGUAAAGUAUUAAAGAAGAUAAACAAGGCCAUAGUCUCAAAGAAGAAUAAAGACAUUGUGACAGUUGCUAAUGCAGUGUUUGCAAAGAGUGGCUUUAAAAUGGAAGUGCCUUUUGUUACAAGAAACAAAGAGGUGUUUCAGUGCAGUGUCAAGACUGUGGAUUUCGAGGACCAAAAUGCAGCAUGCAAUUCCAUUAACCAGUGGGUGAAAAAUGAAACAAGGGGUAUGAUUGAUAAUCUCUUAUCUCCAGACAUUAUUGAUGGUGAUUUGACCAGGCUAGUGCUGGUAAAUGCAGUGUAUUUCAAGGGUUUAUGGAAAUCACGUUUUCAACCUGAAAAUACGAAGAAACGCACAUUUAAUGGAGCUGAUGGGAAGACUUACCAAGUACCUAUGCUGGCCCAGUUGUCUCUGUUCCGCUGUGGCACAACAAGUACCCCAAAUGACUUGUGGUAUAACAUAAUUGAAUUGCCUUACCAUGGCGAAAGCAUCAGUAUGUUGAUUGCUCUGCCUACAGAAAGCACUACCCCUCUCUCUGCCAUCAUUCCUCACAUCAGCACAAAAACAAUACAGAGCUGGAUGACAACCAUGAUACAAAAGAGAGUGCAAGUUAUUUUACCCAAGUUCACAGCAGUAGCAGAAACAGAUUUAAAGGAGCCUCUGAAAGUACUUGGCAUUACAGAUAUGUUUGAACAGUCAAAGGCAAACUUUGCAAAAAUAACAAGAACGGAAAGCCUUCAUGUAUCUCAUAUUUUACAAAAAGCAAAAAUUGAAGUUAGUGAAGAUGGAACCAAAGCUUCUGCAGCAACAACUGCAAUUUUAAUAGCCAGGUCCUCCCCUCCUUGGUUUAUAGUAGACAGACCAUUUGUAUUUUUCAUCCGGCACAAUCCUACAGGUGCAGUCUUGUUUAUGGGACAAAUAAACAAACCUUGAGUAUGGAAAAGGUUUUCUUUAAGAAGCAAAGUAGAGACUCAUUUGAUACAUCCUUGCUAGUUCCGUUAAAUAUUUUUGUACACUACUCUUUCACUUCACUCAAGAACUAGUUUUUAGCCAGCUGUGACUAGAUUUUGAAAAAGGAGUCAAUGUAGUUCUGGUUUUAUGGGAAAAUACAAAUUGAAAACUACGAUACCUUUUCAAAAUGUCUAAAAGAUUCUUUGAAACUACUGAAUGGUUGCCUAUGCUAACAAACUUACUGAGCUUUUUCUGUCCUAAGAAUUGUAUGCAUAGCUUUUGUGGGAGGGUUUUAACAAGAGCAUGACUAAACAAACCAUUUCUGCUAGCAUUGAUUUUUUUUCUGUGGAAAAUGUCUUUGGGUUUGUAGAUGUCCCUUCAAUACUAUUUUUGCCCCUGAAUGGCUUGAUGAUUGGGUAUCUUUUGUGGAACUAGAUGAAAAGCUCUAGCAGUUUAUUUUAUAUAAUGCAUGUACCACUGAGGUAAAGUUUUAAAGAACUAAUGUCUUGAUAGAUAACACAGUUGCAUUGACGUCCUAUUUUACUGUAAUGUAAACUUGUCAUUGCUAGUAUUCACUUUGUAUUGGAUUUAAAUUUUAUAUUUGUUUUUUGUACAAAGGAAAAAAUAAAGUGCAUUAUGAACAGUCA